AAAUUCUCAAACAAAAUCUAUCCAUUUUUAAAUGAUUACAGUAAACAUUCUCAUUGCCAAUUGAACAACCCAUCUUUUCUACUUUAUGCACCUCACGUUUCCAUUUUUAACAAAAUAACAAGAAACCAGACAACUAUCUCCAUUUUCAUAUCUUGCUUCGUCCUAAAUUCACUCUUUGCUUGUUUCCAACAUUGAUUUUCCAGUGGGUUUCAGGGUUCAUCUUCUCAUGUAACAAUAUGGUAUUAAGAGCACAUGAGCAUGAAAAACGAGCCGCGAAGAAGUGGAAAUCGUUUUCAGCAAAAGUGAUAUUAGAGAUUAAAAGGAAAAACGGCAAUUGUAGUAGUAAGCAUAAACAAGUUCAUAAUUAUUCUGAGUCUGAAGAGAAUUACUGUACACUUGAUUACACAGAUUCUGAUAAAAAUCAGAAUUAUUGUCUCAUUAAUUAUUGUGGUCUUAAAGUGGAUGAUAAUAGUAAAAUUCCUAAAGUAGAAAAACCUCCAGCUGGUAAAUUUCGUGAGACCAAAGAAGAUCCCAAGAAGAUGAAGCCUGACAAAAUUUCAGAUGCGGAAAUGAUCAAGGAAAGGUUCGCCAAGUUGUUAUUAGGCGAAGAUAUGUCCGGUGGUGGAAAAGGAGUUUCGUCGGCUCUGGCCUUGUCAAAUGCUAUUACCAAUCUGGCAGCUUCUGUAUUCGGCGAGCAAUAUCGGUUAGAACCUAUGUCAGCUGAAAGGAAAGCAAGGUGGAGAAAAGAAAUUGAGUGGCUUUUAUCGGUAUCCGAUCACAUUGUUGAAUUUGUACCUUCUCAGCAGACAUCCAAAGAAGGUGUAAACAUGGAGAUAAUGGUGACACGGCAACGAACCGAUUUGCACAUGAAUAUUCCUGCUCUUCGUAAGCUUGACGCCAUGCUGCUUGACUAUUUGGAUAAUUUUAAAGAUCAGAAUGAAUUCUGGUAUGUGUCUAGGGAUGCCGAGGACGCUGAGAAAAGAAAAGACGAUAAGUGGUGGUUACCAACGGUAAAAGUACCGCCAGAAGGGCUAUCAGAUGUCUCAAGAAAGUGGCUUCUUUUUCAAAAGGAAUCAGUGAAUCAAGUACUCAAAGCAGCCUUGGCUAUUAAUGCUCAAGUUCUUGCAGAAAUGGAAGUUCCAGAGGACUACAUUGAUUCUCUUCCAAAGAACGGAAGAGCAAGUCUUGGUGAUUCGAUUUAUCGGAGUAUCACUGAGGAAUAUUUCGAUCCCGACGAAUUCCUGUCUACACUAGACUUAUCUACGGAGCACAAGAUUUUAGACUUGAAGAACAGGAUAGAGGCAUCCGUCACAAUAUGGAAAAGGAAGAUGAUUCACAAAGAUCAGAAAUCUUCUUGGGGUUCUGCGGUUAGUCUGGAGAAACGCGAGCUCUUUGAAGAGAGAGCAGAAAGCAUUCUAGUUCUCCUCAAACAAAGAUUUCCUGGCAUACCUCAGUCCUCUCUCGACAUUAGCAAAAUUCAAUACAACCAGGAUGUAGGACAGUCAAUUCUAGAGAGCUAUUCAAGGGUGCUAGAAAGUUUGGCAUAUACCGUUACGUCGAGAAUCAAUGAUGUUCUUUAUGCUGAUUCGUUAACGCAAAAUCCAGCGUUAGCUAUAUCGAAAAGAAUGCUUUCAAUGGAUACUACACCGAAAGCGCUAGGACUAGUGAAAUUCUCUGAAGAAGAGAUUGAGAAAGUGAAUUCAACGGAAAUACCUUCUCCCAUGACACUACUAGAUUUCAUUGACUGGAGCGCCGAACAAAGCGAUAAAACACCAAAGAAAAACGAAGAAUUGGAUAAUCUAGAAGAGUUCUUGAAUGGUAAAGGGGUGACAAAACCUGCGACUAUCAAUGUACUCACUAAGAAGGCUUCUUAUGUUGACAGCUUGGGGCGCCUGUCCAACCCCAAAUUCGUGAUCUAGUGCCGAAAGCUUGCAUUCUAUACCGUUGUAGAGUCGAACAGAAGGAGAAUGGGAGUGCGAAUAAAAAUGGUAAAAUUAUAGAGUAUAUACAGAUCGAACGCGUGUGUUCAUCAUUUUACCCAAACCAGAGUUUUAAAUUUGAUUCUGUUGCCUUCAGAUGAUUUUUAUUGAUUCUCUAUUGCGCUUAAAAAAAAAAUGAAUUACAGAACUAGGAUUGUAGGUUUAUAGAGAACUCAUGUACAUAUAAGAGAAGCGUACUCGAACCUGACUUAUUUUACUACGCUGAAAAUCAAGCUCAUUGAGCAAGAUAUAUGUAUUAAUUAACAUCCCUCAGUUUCUAAGGCCAUUGUACUUUUGCUACCAUCACCCAUUGUCGUUAUGCUAUGUGUGCAACACAGUAAUUUAUCAACAGGAGUCAUCCUCAUUAAUCCG